CACUAUACGAAACUAUAUGAUGGCUGUCCAAUCGCUUUUCUCUGCAAUAACGUUAAUAGACCUACAGCAAAUGCAGAGACAUAUUUCUUUUGCUGUCAAAAUAUAUCCUUAGUUAGUUACAUCGAUCACCAAUGCAAGAACAUAUUUGUAAAUUUCGGUGUUGUUUCUGUGAUUUCCAGGGCUGUCACCGAUCCGAGGGAUGGUAGGAGAGUAGCCUUAAAAAAACUGCCGAACGUCUUUCAAAGUCUCGUGAGCAGCAAGCGAGUCUUCAGGGAGCUGAAAAUGCUUUGCUUCUUCAAACACGAUAACGUCCUCUCCGCGCUGGAUAUCCUUCAGCCGCCGCAUCUGGACUUCUUCCAAGAGAUAUACGUGAUCACCGAGCUGCUCCAGAGCGACUUGCACAAAAUCAUCGUGAGCCCACAACAUCUCAGCCCGGACCACAUCAAGGUCUUCCUUUAUCAGAUCCUACGAGGCCUCAAGUACCUUCACUCAGCCCGAAUUCUCCACAGGGACAUCAAACCCGGCAACCUCCUAGUGAACAGCAAUUGCGUACUAAAAAUCUGUGAUUUCGGGCUGGCCCGGGUGGCGGAGCCCGACCAGAACGUCCACAUGACCCAGGAAGUGGUGACACAGUAUUAUCGCGCGCCGGAAAUCCUGAUGGGCGCGCGGCACUACACCGCCGCGGUGGACGUGUGGAGCGUCGGCUGCAUCUUCGGCGAGCUCCUGCGCCGGCGGAUCCUCUUCCAGGCCCAGAGCCCUGUGCAACAGCUCGAGUUAAUCACGGAGCUGCUGGGCUCGCCCACCCUCGAGGAGAUGAGGUACGCGUGUGAGGGCGCGAAGACUCACAUGUUGAGAAGGGCGCAGAAGCCGUCGUCGCUCUCGACCCUGUAUAAUCUUAGUAGCCAGGCGACGCACGAGGCCGUCCACUUGCUCUGCCAGAUGCUAGUCUUCGAUCCCGACAAGAGGAUCACUGUGGUGGACGCCCUGGCGCAUCCUUAUCUGGACGAGGGUCGGCUCCGAUAUCAUUCGUGCAUGUGCACGUGCUGUUACACGACGAGCGCCGGCAUGAGACAGUACAGGGUGGAUUUCGAGCCUUCGGCCGCCCAUCCGUUCGACGAUCUCUGGGAGCGAAAUCUUACGAGCGUGCAGCAAGUGAAAGAGGAGAUGCACCAAUUUAUAGCGGAGCAGCUGAACACGUCACGAGUGCCGUUGUGCAUAAAUCCGCAAUCCGCGGCGUUCAAGAGCUUCGCGAGCUCCACGGUGGCUCUCCCCUCGGAAUUGCCACCCUCUCCACACCAGUGGGAAUAAAAAGUCUUCCCCGUUCCCGUCCCCGAGGUAGGCCGUCGGACUCGAGUCGGUGACGAUCUCCGUGUCGCGCUCCGAAGAAGAAAGGAGAGGUUCGACGCCGAUCGCGGAAGAUAGUAAGUCACCGAUAACAAGAGGAGCGAAAUGGAGGAAGAGGAGGAAGGAAAACGGGGGAACUGGAAGCCACGGAGAGAAGAGCCAAGAGAGACAAUAGACUGCCGCACACUGUAGCCUCAAUUUUCGAUUAGCUGAUACGUAUAUAUGCACGGGACAAUGCCAAGGAAUGCGUAGAAAAAUGGUAGCGAGUUUCGACUUUCGAAGAGCCUUUACUCUUCGAUUCAUAGAUAUUUUUCGACGACGUUAGAAAUUAUUUCAGAUGAAUAGAAAUUAUGAUUCCUACCCUUUUUUUAAAAAAAAGCUGAAAGUAUUUUUCAGAAAUGCUAAAUUGUAAACGUGAAGACAUCGACAGGGACUUAGGGGAAGCUCGUCUUUUAGACUUCCUCACAUUCCUCAAAAGAGAAUUGGAAGUUCUUUCAAUUUUUCCUCGGGGACAUGUGCCUCAAGGAAAUGGAAGAUCUCUUCCAUUUUCCUUUGGAAAUGCAAUUCUGGAUACCGUUUCCCGGAUCUUCCUUCAACGAGCUUUCUCUCGGGAACUCUCGGUCACAAUUUAUUUAAUAAUGAUAAUAUUGAAGUACAAGUAAACAGUAAUUCUGUUUCGCGAUACCCGAAUUGCGAUUCAAUUAAUAUCCGAGACGGGGAUUUUUUUUCAAUUGAUUAUCAGACGUGCUUUAGAUUCGUAUCUUCGGAAUAUUACGAUUGCCUGUGUUCACAGAACUGUAAUGACACGAGAUCUAAGCGAGAUUCUAAGAAUUUUAAGGAUCAGUGUUGAGGAUUAAAGAAAUGAUUGAAUGACAAAAGGAAUCUACGUCACACGCGUCAGACAUUCUCCAAGGAAAGGUAGACUUGGAAUUUUAUAAGAAGACCAUACUUUCGUUUUUCUACGCAUUUCGCCGCAUCCUGCAUGUAUAUAUAGCAAUAUAUUAUACGUAUUAUACAUUGUAUACACACGAUCGAGGGGAGAGAUACACUACACUCACACAUACUCUCUCUCGCACAUACAAACAUAUAUAUAUACACACAUAUACACACGUCUAUGCACACACAUUAGCCAAUUUAAAACACAAAGUAGCCAAUUAAUUCCAAUAGAGAGCGGUGGGAAAUUCCCGAGGAUUAGAAUAUCGCGGGUACCGUGAACGCGGGAGAGCAAAAGGGCGGGGAGGGUGAUAAUUAAUUAGCUAUUAGUAAACGCGAGUGUCGAGCAGACCGGGCCAGUCCUUUUUUUCUUUUCUUAGAUUUUACACACGUAUACAGGUCGCGCUGGCCAUUUAUGAUGAUCGAAUACGCGCGCAAGCACUCGCGCGCGCGCGAGAGGGGAAAGUGCCAGGAGUGGGGAAGGGAAAAUCCCUCCCGUCCUGAUCGAGGAUCCUCCGACGGCGAGAGAUAUCCCUAAGAAUGUCAUGCUGAAUCGAAUCGUCCUCGGAAAGGAUCCUUUUCUCGAGGACGUUGUCGCACCAGCGAGAUUAUCGCUCCGAAAUCGAACGGUUCUUGACGGGAGAUCGCUCGAGGAUGCAGCGCGAAAAGAUAGAGACUGCUCCGAAUCGGCAAGACAUGUCCCUCGAGCGUCGCCGCGAAUAGAUUUGUCCUUGAGAGGAUAUCUCUCGAGGACGUCGCGCGUCUCAGUGACGAUGAAAUUAUUAUUCCGAAUUGAAUAGUCCUCAGCAGGAUGUUUCUCGAGGACAGUUUCAAGUUUCCGGCCGUCCUCGAUGAGAUAUCGUUGAAGGAUAGUCACGCAAGAACACUCGAGAAGAUUAAUCCUCGGCGAGGGAUAUCGUUCAAGGAUACAUCCGAGGAUGUCCGAAAAUCGGCAAAGUGCGAGAUCCCCUUCGAAUCGUAUCGUACCUUAACGAGACAUUGUUUGCGGACUCGUGUCCGCGUAGUGCGAGAUUUUUGCUCGAGGAUAUUCGCGCGAGUUGUUCUCUCUCCGGUUGGAGUCCGCGGAGACUCGGAAACUUGUUGGGGG